AGCACAUAUGAAGUAACAAUAAGAGACGGUGGUUUCUCACAAGGGGAAAUAGCGAACUAUACGUGUAAACCAGGGUAUAGUUAUCAAAGCGGAAACCUUACCAGGAUAUGCCAGGACAAUAACAGUUGGUCAGGUAUCGCUCCAACUUGCGUGGCUGAUUGUGAACUGCCGACAGCGAUUAUGAACGGCUUCUACACGUUAACUCAAGGAACCACAUUUGGCAGCAGAGCUACAUACAUGUGUCAAGCAGGGUUCAAGCUAGUAAAUUUAGCAUCCAAUCUGACAUGCGGUUCGAGCUCUCAAUAUAGCGGUUCGAGUUCUCAAUGGAUCGGUACACAGCCAGAAUGUGAGAUAAUUGACUGCGGCCAACCUUCCGAUGUGAAAAAUGGAUCAUUUAGUCUUUCGUCCGGAACUCACUACGGUAGCAUUGGAACGGCGACGUGCGUCGCAGGGUACGAGAUCAAUGAAUCUGCAAAUAUCAUGUGUGAUAUUAAUGGCGAUUGGAACGGUUCUUUUCCCGACUGUACUCCAGUUGAUUGUGGAUCGGUGCAAAACAUUGAAAACGGAAAUGCCACUUUAACCGGAACAACAUUUGGGCAUACUGCAACCUAUAACUGUGUGUCGGGCUUUGAAUUAGUUGGACCAAACCUGUUGACAUGCAAUGCGUCGUCCGAAUGGGAACCAUAUAAACCAAAUUGCGUUGCUGAUUGUGGACCACCAACACAGAUUAUGAACGGCUCGUACACUUUGUCCCAGGGAACCACAUUAAGCAGCACAGCGACUUACCAGUGUCAAGCAGGGUUCCAGCUAGCCAAAGGGAAUUCCUCUCUGAUAUGCGAUGAGAAUUCUCAAUGGAUCGGUUCACAACCAGAAUGUGAAAUAAUUGAGUGCGGCCAACCUCCCGAUGUGAAAAAUGGAUCAUUUAGUCUUUCGUCCGGAACUCAGUACGGUAGCAUUGGAACGGCGACGUGCGUCGAAGGGUACGAGAUCCACGAAACUGCAAAUAUCAUGUGUGGUGAUAAUGGCAAUUGGAACGGAUCUCUUUCCGACUGCGCCCCAGUUGAUUGUGGAUCGGCGCAAAACAUUUCAAACGGACAUGUCGCUUCAACAGGAACAACCUUUGGACAUACUGCAACCUAUUACUGUAUUACAGGCUUUGCAUUAGCUGGACCUAACCUGGUGAAAUGCAAUGCGUCGGCCGAAUGGGAACCAUAUGUACCAAGUUGCCAAGUUAAGAAUACCAGUAUUGAAAGCGUACCCAAGAAGCUAUACAUUAUGCCGUGCAUUUGUUACAACAAGACGUUCACGGGACUGACGGAGGAGCAGAUAAUAGCUCAGUUGAUACGGAACAUGUCCAUAGACACGCGCAACACCAGCAUGGCGCUCAACAAGCUACGCUGCAGGCAAGAUGACCGACCUUUCUGUGUUAUAACCGGUUACAUUACUAUCGGAGUCAUCGGCGGGAUGUUUCUACUGUUGGUUCUCUCAGAUGUCCCCAGGCUUAUUCACGAUUUUCGAUUCUAUUUUUAAUAAAACAAAACGAAAAACUGCAUAAUAUAAUUACACCAUAUUAAUGCGUACUUGUCCCAAAGUAAGCCACGUGAUAAUGAGUAAACAUGUUAAGUGUAUUAAUAUAUUUAAUGGCACAGCCAGCUUUAGUGAUUCUAACCAAGUAGUUUGGCUACAGGCUUUAUGACAUUAUUCAUGUAAAAAGAUUAUAAAACGAAACGGAAAUAUGUCUGACCCGCAUACUCGUGAUCUGCAGGACAACACUAUAAAAUAUAAGAAAAUGGUUUCAUUUGAAACGCUUCGAAUCAUAUCACUCAAACUAUUUACCUACUGAAUUACAUAGAUGAUUAUCAUCACGACAUUUACGAAUACAGUUGCGAAGUAGAUGGUUUAAUAAUGAUAUGAUAGUUUGAAAACAAUUAUUUGUACAUUCCGUUAAUUCUAUUGGCGAUUGUGCAUGUGAGUUUCUUUUUUCUUGUGUAUUUCUUAAUAUUCUCCGUGCAUUCCAUGUCAGUUACAUAGACGAAUGUGCGUGUGUGUUUCUUUUUUAUUGUGUGUUUAUUGUGUGUUUCUUGCUUACUUUGAACAUUCCGAGUUAAUUGCAUAGGGCAAUGUGUAUUUGUUUGUUUAAAAAAAAAAAUUUGUCAAAAUAUUUAAAAAGCCUCUUCUUACGCGGAUGUCUUAGAAUAUGAAGUAAUACAAUAAAACAGAAAAAAAGCUUCUUUGUUUAAUGAAGAAUAAUCUUGUAACGAUAGAAGCAUCCUUAAACUUACAAAGGAACAACGCUUAACUGCUGUGCACUUCUGUGCAUGUAAACAAGAAGAGUUGCUCCUCACCAAUCAGUAAGAAUAUAUGGUUAUCACAGCCGUCGCAAAUAUAAUUGUGCAGGUCUACAAAAAAACACAAGAAGUUUAAUCAAUGUACUCUUCUAUAUGGAAUAAUGUUUCAAUUUUUGCAUACAUAUUUUUGAAUAAAUUUGCAUUAAUCAUGGGUUUUUAAUAAGGCGUAGAUUUAACCAA